AUGUGUGAAUUAUUUGGAAAUCUACCUCAGUUUGAAUAUGUAGAUUUUGCACUUAAUCACCCAAUCUUCUGUUUUGAUCUAUCAGCUCACCAAGAAGAUCUUUUCAAAACAGGAGUGAACAUAAAUAUUCAUAUUGAAAAAACACAAGGAGAUGUAACAGGUUAUUGUUUAUUAUUGGAAGAAGCAAAACAUUUAAUUAAAAUAGAAGACAGAAGAAUGAUAAGAAUUGAGAAAAAAAAUACACCCUUAAAAAUGAAACCAGAAACUUUAGUUAUGAAAAUAAUAGAAGCUGUUGAAACAGAUUCCCCAACUGUAAUAACUUUCAACGCGACUACUGGAAUAACAAAAACCGUCCUCUCAAAGAAAGCAGAUGAUGCUAAAGCCGCUGAAGAACGCAGACACAAUUUAGCAAUGGAAAAGGAAGCACGAGGUUCAGGAGUGGGAGAAAUGAUAGGCACAAUAAAAGAACUUGGAAAAAGAUUUGGGGAAGAAACCAAGAAAACUGUUAAACAAGGAUUAAAUAAAUUAGUAGAUAGUAUUGACACGGGAGAAGUCAAUGUCAAACAUAAGGAAAUAUUUACUAAUAAACCAAUGCUCAUGUGUAUAUGCGGUAGUUCCGGUUCUGGGAAAACUCAUCUCACUUUUAACAUGUUGACAACACCAAACCUUUUAGAUUUCGAUUCUUUGUAUAUCUACACAACAACACCAGAGCAAUCGUAUUAUCAAUUCCUCAAAGCUUUAGAAUAUCUACCAAAGAAAGAUGUUCAAGACCUAUUUCAAUAUUACGAAGAAAACGAAGAAGAAAUGGAAAUAAAAGAUAUCAUAGAUAUCGAAGUAAAGAAUCUAACGGAUAUAAAAGUUUUUUUUACGAAAAAUGUUAAUGAUCUAGACUUGUCUAAUAUUGAUAUCAAACGAAAGAACUUAAUAUUGUUUGACGAAUGCGUAGCGCAAAGAAAUCAAGCUGUUCAACAAGAAUUCUUCACGAAGGGAAGACAUCACAACUGUCACUGCAUAUACCAAUCUCAAUCUUUUACGGGAUGGAUUCUAUGUUUAUUAGAAAAAAUGCAAAUUGUUUUUUAUUAUUUGAAUUAA